AUGUCUAUCGUCAAUUGGUUAUCCGAUGGUCCGGACUGGCCAAAAUUGGCGUAUGCUACGGGGGUCUGUAAGCAGCGGUGGUGGGCCGCCUUACUGCAUGUUCAAAAUUAUUUGAAACCAAACGCUUGUCUCUACCAAACCUGGUACUUAACAGUGGACACACAGCUUUAUAUGUUAAGUCCACUUGUACUCAUUUUCCUGUACUUGAAAAUACCAAAAAUUUAUAUGAGAAAAUUUUACGCCCAUACUCCGGCGAGAGCUGCACCAUAUGUUAUCGGCAUAAUGUACGGGUAUAUAUUGAAGACAUAUCGAGGAAAAACUAUUCAAUUACAAAAGAAAUUUAUAUUACCUAUAUGGAUAUGUGCCCUUGUUGCAAUGGCAUUUUGCGUUUUUGCUCCAAAUGAAACCCUGUCCGAAAACUAUUACGUCCCGCAUUUCUUCGACCAAUUCCUUUCCUCAUACUUGCGAUCUAUGUGGGCUGCUUCAGUUGGUUGGGUUAUCUUGGCUUGCACUCACGGCUUCGGAGGGCCUAUUGAAUGGUUUCUAUCGCUGACAAUCUGGAAGUUGCCUUCAAGAAUGUCAUAUGCAGUCUAUCUGGUUCAUCUUCCCGUGAUAAUGAUAAGAACUAACGGAAUGUUAAAAUCUGAAUACUUUACAGACUUAGAAACUAUCUAUGCAGCUUCAUCGUAUGCGUUUAUCUCAAUGCUGGUGGCCUUCGCCCUGUGUGUCGUGAUCGACGCGCCCUGCUCCACUCUACAGAAGGCAGCUUUUGUGCCAUCGCAAACCAGCAAAAAGGUGAACGGAGCUAAUGUUCAGGAAAAAGAUAAUAAAACAAGAUUGUAACAAUAAUAUUAAUUUUGUUAAAUUAAAAUU